AUGCAGCCGCUUAUCCUGUCGCUGCUGCUGGUGGCCGUCGCGUGGCAGCCGCUCGAGGGGUACCACGCGCCUGCGACGCACGACCGCUACACGGUCGUGCGUCGGAUGGACGAAGGUGACGCUGUCGUUGCGGUCGUGCGGCGCAAUGAGCUCUUGUAUCUGCUCUACGACGAAACGGUCAUUGGGGCCGAGUUCGAUCACCCGACUGUGCGCGACCAGACGGUGUUUCCCGGCUUUGCGAUCAUGCAGUGUGCAGCUUAUUUGCAGGAUAAGCCCACGCGCGCCGUGCAGAUUGGACUUGGCAUCGGGUCCGUCCCGACGUUUUUGCGCGCAAUGGCGAUCCCAACAGACGUUGUGGAGAUUAGCCGUGCAGUGGUGACCCAAGCGACGGAUUACUUUCAUGGCCGCACCUUUGUGAUGGACGGGUUGAAGUUCGUAUCCAGUACGCCGUCGCAGAUCAUAGGAGGGACAACCCACGAGCGUCCGUACGACCUCUUUAUCGUGGACGUGUACACGGGCUGGAACCCGUUUGCUUUUUUCGUCCGUGAAAAGAUGCUCCAAGUCCGUGAGAACUGGUUGACGCUAAACGGCGUCCUCGUUAUGAACUUUGUCGGGUACGUGCACGGUCCUCAUGCAGUGGUCCCCAAGUCCAUCUACCGCACGUUGCAGAGUGUGUUCAAGUACGUCAAGUGCUAUCGCGAGAUGGAGGAAGUCGACGAGCGCGAUGCGUCCAACCUUGUCUUUUACGCUUCGGACAAGCCAUUCAGCUUCAACUUGCCCACGACCGAGAGGUACCAGGACGCACCCGAUCACACCUACUUCAGCGUGGUCAAGAACUUUCCGAAAUGGGAGAUCUUCGCGGAGCUGCAGGAUCAAGUCGAAGUGGCGGUUCACCAAGAGAUGGAGGAGGAAGAAGUGCGGUUUGUGGCAUCCAACAAGGACGAGUUGCCACAUACUCGAGACACUGCUGCUCCGCGCGUACUCACUGAGCUCGACCAUGGCCAAGAAGAUUUUCGUGAGAUUCAUACGGACACAGAGACUGGCAUGCGCAAGCGCGUUCUCGAGCAGUUCCCUCCAGCACUUUGGGAAGAGCUCAAGCAGAAGUCUGCGACAACGACGACCAAGUAG